ACCGGUGUGGCGUCACCUAUAACAGCGUCAACUCUGCAUAUGGGCCAGCUUACGCCCACAGACAUACUCUUUCAACUUGCAGAGUGCCCAAGAAGACAACCAUGACUGGACCAUAUGCCAAAGAUCAGCCCCAGGGCUUCACCAAUCGUGUCGAGAAGGUGGCCAUUGUCGGGGCCGGCGGCCACAUGGGAAAGCACUUGACGGCGCACUUGCUGAAGACGGGCAAGCACACCGUGACCGCCAUCGCACGCCCUAACAGCACUAGCAAGCUGCCCGACGGAGUCAAAGUCGCCCGCGUCGACUACAGCGGCGACGACAACACGGCGCUGGUCGAGGCUCUCCGAGGCCAGCAGGCUCUGAUCAUCACGAUGUCGGUAUCUGCUCCGCGCGACAGCGUCAGCAAGCUCGUGCGCGGCGCGGCCGCGGCCGGCGUGCCGUACGUGCUGCCCAACUGGUUUGGGCACGACGCGGCGAACGCGCAGCUGUGCGAAGACUCGCUGCUCGCGCACAUGGGCGACGCGAUCCGGGCCGAGAUCGCGAGCCUCGGCGUCAGCGCGUACCUGCAGCUAGUCUGCAACUUCUGGUACGAGUUCAGCCUGGGCGGCGGGCCAGAUCGCUUCGGCUUCGACUUCAACAAGCGCAGCUUCGUCGUGUUCGAUGACGGCAGGGUGCCCAUCAACACCAGCACCUGGCCGCAGUGCGGCCGCGCCGUCGCCGGUCUGCUGAGCCUGAAGGAGCUUCCGGACGACGAGAAGGACGCGUCGCCCACGCUGUCGCAGUUCCGCAACGGGUCCGUUUAUAUCUCGAGCUUCCGGCUCAGCCAGCUCGAUAUGUUUGAGAGCGUCAAGCGCGUCACUGGCACCACCGAUGCCGACUGGACCAUUACGCACGAGUCGGCCGAGCAGCGCUGGAGGGAUACGCACCCCGAGGUGCUGAAGGGCAACUUCGGCGCUUUCACCAAGAUGCUCUACAGCCGUAUGUUCUUCCCGAAUGGCGACGGCGACUAUCAGUCCCGCCGCGCUCUCGACAAUGAUCUUCUCGGCCUGCCGGUCGAAGACCUGGACGAGUGCACAGCCGUGGGCGUGCGCAUGGGAGAGAACAACGAGGUGCCGCACUCGCACUAAGGGCGGGAGGAAGACGGUAUUGCGGAACUGGCUGGCAACGUAUGGCUGCGGGAGAUAGCUCUAGCGACUUGUUAGUCCAAAGUCACAUGAAGAAAAUGCAUUUUGACGUAUCUUACUGUCCUCGGGCUUCCCUUCGCGUAGCAUUCUAGAAGAGUCUACACGUCUUCGAGGGCAAUGUGCAUAAGCCGU